AUGGUGGCUGCCUUGGCCCUGGUGUGGCAGGCGGGUCCACAACUAGCUUUGGCAAGACUGCUCUCAGAGCUCCGCUGUAUUCCAGGGGAGUUUGCGUGUCGGAGUGGUAGCAUCCAGUGCAUCCCUUCAAAUUGGCAGUGUGAUGGCUGGCCCACCUGCGAGGACGAGAGUGAUGAAGUUGACUGUCCAGGCUUGACAGGGGACCAGCGAACUUACCAUGGGAAGGAGAAUGUGGACUCCAGGCACAAUCGAGGGAGAGGAGGAGAGACAACCCGCUUUCACACUGUCAAUGUGGCACAGCCGGUCCGAUUUAGCAGAAAGUGCCCAACAGGAUGGCACCACUAUGAGGGCACAGCCAGCUGUUACAGAGUGUAUUUAAAUGGGGAGAACUACUGGGACGCCGUGCAGACAUGUCAACGGGUGAAUGGGUCCCUCGCCACCUUCACUGCAGACCAGGAGCUAAGGUUUAUCCUGGCACAAGAGUGGGACUUGGAAGAAAAAACAUUUGUAAGGAAGGACCAGCGUAGGUUCUGGGUUGGAUAUCAGUAUGUGAUCACCAGUCGAAAUCACUCUCUAGAAGGUCACUGGGAAGUAGCUUAUAAAGGCUCUUCAGAAGUAUUUUUACCCCCUGACCCUAUCUUUGGUACGGCUAUGUCUGAAAAUGAAAACGUUCUUUGUGCCCAGCUUCAGUGUUUCCAUUUUCCUACCCUUCGGCACCACGGUUUACACAGCUGGUAUGCUGAAAACUGCUAUGAGAAGUCUUCAUUCCUCUGCAAAAGGAGCCAGACUUGUGUUGAUAUCAAAGACAACAUUGUCGAUGAAGGCUACUAUUUCACUCCAAAAGGGAAUGAUCCCUGUUUGAGCUGCACAUGUCACAACGGCGAACCCGAAAUGUGCGUGGCUGCGUUGUGUGAACGGCCUCAGGGGUGUCAGCAGUAUCGCAAAGACCCGAAGGAGUGCUGCAAAUUUACAUGUUUAGACCCAGAUGGCAACAGUUUGUUUGACUCGAUGGCUGGUGGAAUGCGUCUGAUUGUUAGCUGCAUUUCUUCCUUCCUCAUCCUCUCUCUGCUGCUUUUCAUGGUCCACCGGCUACGCCAGAGGCGGAGAGAGCGCAUAGAGUCUUUGAUUGGAGCAAAUUUGCACCAUUUUAACUUGGGCCGCAGGAUGCCUGGUUUUGAUUAUGGUCCCGAUGGUUUUGGAACUGGCCUUACUCCACUGCAUCUUUCAGAUGAUGGGGAAGGUGGGGCAUUUCAUUUCCAUGAUCCGCCUCCACCCUAUACUGCUUACAAGUAUCCAGAUAUUCAACAUCCGGAUGACCCACCUCCUCCUUAUGAGGCUUCUGUCAAUCCAGACAGCAUCCUUUGUUCCACUCCAGAUGGAGUUCUUUCUCAGACUGUGCAAAGCAGUCCUCCAUCACUAGGAAACUGUGAUGUAUCCCCACAGCUUACAGAGGGAUCGCUUCCUCCCUCAGUUGGGCCUUCUCCAGUGGAGCUGGAAGACUCUGCUGACAGCAGCACCUUUCUUGUCCCUCCUGACACACCGCUAAAUGAAAACACUCCGGCAGAAACUCUUACGGGCAGCCGUCACAGCCACUGUUCUCUCAACACCAUUGUAUAAAGGAGUAAAAAGCCGACUGCCGGUCAGAAAUAGUUUUAGCAACUGUUUGCACAGACAAACACUAAUCCGUGGUUGGAACUUCAGAAGGAAUCUCCACUUUGUUUUUUGAACACUGCUUUUAUGUUCUAGAUUAGGAUUGUCCCUCUCGUUUUUUGGCUGUCGUUAUUCAUUCACUAAUCAGUUUGUCCUGUAAAUAUGGAUUGUAUAACUGCUCUUUUUUUCCAUUGGUUAUGGAAAAUAGUGCAGAGAAUUCCUUUGACUUCUGAGGAGGUGAAAAGUAUGGGUAGGUUGUGGUUUUUUGUUUGGUUUUUUUUUUUUUUCUUGACCUGAGAGGAAACAAAAUUACAUCAGAAAAAAGCUGCUUGGAUUUGGCUGGAUACCACUGGAUCCAGGGAACAGACGACGGAGAAGGAGGGUGGGGGCAGUUGCCAUUCGAUCAAUUGCUUUCUCUCUUGCUUCAGUGCUACACUUGGAAAAGGCUGAGAAGACAGAACUGCAGGGGAAGGGGCUGUGGGGGCCUGUUUUACAGAGCGGGAACACUGAGGAGCUAAAACACAUGCCACCAAGUAAGAAUUACACAGUAUAAAAAAAUCUGCGUGUUUUGAUCUGCUUUGCUGUUUCAGAACACCGUAGGGACCGGAGGAUGAAUGACCUACACGAUACGUGACGAGCGGGUACUACGAAAACCAGGAUUUGCAAUUACAAUCGUUUGUUGUUGGUAGCUGCAAAAUGUCAUAUUGUCGGGCAAACUUCUGGCCCAUAAAGAAAA